AUGAUAAACAUGUUUCCUAUGAGAAAGCACAGAACGUUGGUAGCUCUAUUCCUUGGACUGAUAGUGACCUGGUCGUUAGUUAGCACACUAAGAGAACACAAACCGGCGACGUUGAGUCUAUCAGAUUUAAAGCCAGUAAACAAUGGACACAGUGACAACAAGGCCCAUGUGACUAAGCUGGUGUCCAGUCCAGAACACAGUGGCAGCCUGGAGAACCCAGAUCAGGGGAUGGCCCCCAAAUUAAGUGAUAUAUCUAAGUCAGAUACAAGCAUCAAGUCCAAAACAAGCAAGCCAAAAAGCAUAGGAGAAAAAGCUUUAAAGGAACCCCAGGAUUAUAGUAAAGACUCAGAACAAUUCGUCGGAGUACCAUCUGCACCAGCACCAGCUCAAGUUGCACCAGCCCAAGUUCAAGGUGACCAAAUUCUUCACCAUCCACUCGAUGAUAUUUAUGCUGGUAUAAGUAUCAAUCCAGUGAGAGCGGUUCCAACACCGUCCGUAGCUGAGCGACAGUUGCAUAACAAAUACCAGGCAGUCCGCGAUCAUUUGAUGGAGUUAGAAAAUCUGACAAUUCACAAUACUUUUCACGUCCCACAGUCACAACGUGUGAAGAAUAGAAUUGAACCCUGUGAAGAGCAGAUUCUUAUCUUGUCUGCAUGUGAUGGAAUACGCGCUACCGAUGAAGAUCCUGAGUUUAUGUCUUUGAUUCUUCAGAACAGAAUAGACUACGCUAAUUUGCAUAAUUACUCGCAUUAUUUCGUGGACACGAGCAAGUUUCAAACGGGCGACAAGGCCAAAUUACAUCCUGUGUGGUUCAAGAUUGCCGCGAUCCGUGAGGCCUUUGAGAUGAAUCCCGCUGCACAAUGGGUUUGGUGGCUCGAUAUGGACGGCCUAAUCAUGAAUCCAAAGAUAGACUUGGCGCAGCAUCUACUUCAUCCUCAUGUGCUUGAACAGAGACUAACCUAUGAUCGACCUAUAAAUGAUGUGGGGGGAAUGUUUACUGGUCUGGUUUAUAAGUCCAGGGGCCAGGUGAGAGCAGCUGAUAUUGAUUUUGUGUUUUCUCAAGACUCGCUUGGUGUUAACGCGGGCUCGUUUUUCAUUCGGCGAUCAAAGUUUUCAUCCUUUGUCUUGGAUAUCUGGGACUCUCCUCAAAUGAUAGAUCUAAACUUCUCUCAACGGGAGCAAGAUGUGUUCAACUUUCUACUCACCAAGUACAGGGAGGUCUACGACCAUACUGGCUUAGUACCGCAACGUCUAUUUAAUUCAUAUCAUUCUACAAAUACAAAAUCUUACGGCAGAUAUUGGCCGGGGGAUUUGGUUGUUCACUUUGCUGGUAAAAGUAGGACAUAUGAGUAUCGUGAAUUAUGGAACUCGUACUGGGAUGUCAGUGGUACAUUGAACCCACCUAUUUACAACUCUGAGUCUGAGUAA